AUGUAUGUCGAAACCGAGCAUUUUCUUGGACGUGGUCGAUACAAUGUGGUGUAUAAGAUUCCGCACACAGUAAAAGAAGUAUUUCUUCCCGAUGGAUUGAUUGGAAAACUUGAAUGUUCAUUUCAAAAAAGAAAUCAAAUAGAUUACACAAAUGCUGCCCGACUUUCUCUAGAAAAAGAAAGCGAACUUCUGAAAGUCAUCGAUCAUGCGAAUAUUGUUAAAUGUUUUGGAUGGAUGACAAUCUCUUUCGAUGAGCACAACAUCCCAAAGACUGUGAUGUUGCUACAAAAAUGUCGACGAGAAACUUUAAACGACGUGGUAAUGAGCGAUAAUUAUGCUUAUCCCAAGCCCACUGUUGUAGUUUGGUGUGCUGCUCAACUGAUUCAAGUGCUCAUUUACUUGAGAGCAAACAAAAUCGUUCACAAGGAUAUAACUUUGAAAAACAUUCUGAUCUCAGAAGAAACUAUGGUUGAAAAUCGAUUCAUUUUGAAGCUGAAACUUUGUGAUUUUGAAGAUGCUCUAGUUCACAAUGAAACACCAGAAGCAUUCGCAGACGUUAGAAACGGAAUCCAUAACUCCCCAGAAAUCUGGACCAAUGUGAUGGUGGGCGAUUUUCUUCGCAUCGGGAAAGUUCUCUGGUCAGCGUAUUACAGGAGAGAGUUCCCUAACAGUCGUCCCAGGCAACCAUCAGUAGAACCCCGGUUGCAAGAGGGUUUACAA